ACCUCACACCGUUGGAAAAUCUCUCUCUCUAAAUUCUCCGUUUCUCUCUCUUGGUCGCCGUCUACUUAUCUUCUACAGUUCAUAGGGAAGUUUCUGUAAAUCAGGUGGUUCAAGACUGGGUCUGUUAGAAGUUGUUGUGCAGCUGUGUGGUGUGCGUGAUUCAAAGAAUUAGGGCUUGUUUUGUUGUAUUAUUUCAAAGUUUUUAGAGCUUUGGAGGUUUUGUUAUGAAGGAGCAGCUGCCAACGCUCCAACCAAGAUUGGUGUUCAGUUGAUCCAACAGUUAGGAUUUGUACGCCGGAUGGAGGGAGGUAGCUUCUCUUUUAGACUUCUUCUGGUUUAUACCAAUGGCCUAUGAUGACAAUGAAUUUCAAGGACAAAAUCUUCAUAUAGCCGGGGAAAGUUGCUCCAAGGUUUCUCCUGUUUUGCAUCCAUAUGCUCUUCCCAAAUUUGACUUUGAUGAUAGCCUCCAGGGGCACUUAAGAUUUGACAGUUUGAUUGAAAACGAGGUUUUUCUUGGUAUCACAAGUCAAGAAGACAACCAGUGGAUUGAAGAAUAUUCACGUGGAAAUAGUGGUAUAGAGUUCAGUUCAAGUGCUGUGGAAUUAAGACGUAACAAUGUAUGGUCUGAAGCAACAUCUUCAGAAUCUGUUGAAAUGCUUCUAAAAUCAGUAGGGCAGGAAGAGAAAGUCGUGGUAGAAACAAUAAUUGAACAGUUGGAUAUCUGUGAUGAGUCUGGUAGCUUAACCAAAAUCAUGGAUCAUAAUUUGAAUCAAGAUGAUGGAAAGGAUCUUGUUACUCAUGCUCAAAAUGCAUCAGUGCCAAAUGAGUUAUUGGGUAAUUUUCCUGGGUUUAGUGUGAGCUCUGGAUAUGAGCAUCCUCAUGUUAGAUUCACUUCACAAUCGCAAGAGGCUCAAAUAUCGGGUGGAGAGUUGGAUUCAGUAGUUAUAAGUGAAAAGUGUAAUGUACCUGUUUUGGAGGAAAAAGUGGAUGGCACAUCUGAUGUAAUUCAAAAGGAGGCUGAGAAUUUGGUAAAUGAGUCCAUGAAUAAGGAAUUGCCAGAAGACCCUUCUGUCUCCAGGGCAGAAAAUCCAUGCUCCUCAGAGAAUGUUGAUGCAAGUAUUGAGGGGUUAAUGGUUCAGGAAAACCUGCAGCAGGUUUCUGUUAAUGCUAGUGGUUUGUCCAAAAACUUGUGUAGUAUCGUAACAGAGCAGAAUAUUCAAAGUAAAGAAAAUAGCAUGGAUGUUCCCAUGGACAGUGGCACCUUGAUUGUUGAAAGUUGUACGUAUAACGUGGAAAAGUCUCUCUGUGUUGUCCCGGGUGCUGAAUCUGUUGAGAACCGAUCAGCGGAAAUUAGCAUCCUGUCCAGUGAGGAGCCUACAAGGAGCUCUAACAUGCAGAUCUCUCAAGGGUGUGAUGACCCUGUUUGUUCAGCUGAACCUUCUCAGGGUAGCAAGUGUGCAGUCACUGGUUCUAUGAUCUGCUCAGAGGUUGAUCAAGAUCUCAAAGGAAAUAUGCAUGAAGAACCUCUGGCAGCUUCUGCAAAUGCUGGAAAUUUUGAGCUGCAAGCUGUUCAGGAUGGGAACACAAAGUCAGAAGAUCCUGAUUCUCCAAAGUCAAAUGCGAAUUCUUUGUCUAAGCUAUCUCCCGUAAAGAAUUCUUGUGUUGAUGAAAACAAAUAUGCUAUAGGAAAGGAUGUGCAGCAGAUCACUUCCAAAGCAUCUGUGGUGUCUACAGGCAACUUAUCUGAAACAGGCGGUGGCAAUAGCAAUGCUGUAGGUACUAGAUUGGCAGCAGCAUGCUUGCCAGGUGAAGUGCUUACUAAAGAAGUUUCCAAUGAGGAUCUAAUAGCUGGUAACCACACUUCAGUGGUCCACAUAGGCGACUCAGAUGAUGAGGAUAGGAGCUUGUCUGCUAAGAUUUCUGGUUCAAUGCAGGUGGGCUGCGAAAUUAGGUCAUCUGAGCCAGGCACUAUGCAUGUGGAUCAAGAUGUAUCUUUCAACAUGAAAGAAGAUGCAGGCUUGCCCCUGGAAAGUAGUGAUAUGGAUGUUGAGGUUGUUCAAGCUAUUGAUAGCAAAAAGAAUGUCGAUCCAUCUUUAUUCGCAGAAGGCAGUAAAAAGGAUUCUGUGAUAGCUCAUAAUUUUGAAUCUGACGUGUCAGUUCGAGUUGAACGAGUUGCUGCUACAGAAUCUGAUAAAAGUUCGACCCCUGACACAUCUGAUGGUUCUCACCUACUUGCUGGGAGUCUUGCUAAUUCUGAAACUGAUGACCAACCAAAAUCACCUAUAUUUGGGGUGAGUUUAGUGCACCAGGAUUACAACGAAAAAAUGAAAGUAGGAUUUUCCUGUGAAGGGAAUUCCCAAAAUGAGAUUCCACAGGUAGAAAGUGUGGUUGCUUCUGCUUCAAUGAAUCCAUCAUCUUUUGAUGAAAAAGAAGCAUCUCCUGACCUUGUCAAAAAAGUUGUACAUCGUGUCACACCGGUUGAAUGCUGCAAUGCAAGCCAGAUUGAACAAGAACUGACUAACACUGAUGGUCAAGAAUGUUUCAAGAUCUUGGAGACAAGUCCUUUUGCGUCGUCUGCAAAAGGGGGCAGUAAUUCUGAAGCAGGAGGUCUAGAGGAACCUAAGGAAUCAAUGAUAGAAGAUCAUCAUCUAAACACUAUUUCUACCCCUGUUUUGGGUUUUGCAGUCAAGUCAGAUGAGCAUCAGACUUUUGUGGGCGUAGCUCGUUCAUCUGAAUGUGAUGCUGAUCACAUAGAGCCGGAUGGAGGUAGCUUUUCGUCUUUGGAUAAACCCCAUGUUGUUUCUCCUACAUGUGUUAGCAGCAUGGAACUUUCUGAGAGUACUAAAGACAAGCAAGAGGCUACCAAAGAUGUCAGGCAUGGUGGUGUCCUGCCUUCUAAGGUCGCUGAUGAUGUUGAGGAUAACAUUCGGUCAGUUCCUUCAAGCAAUGCUACACAAGAAGAAACAAACUUUACUUUUGAGGUCAAUAAAAGUGCUGGCCUUGGACAAGCUGACAAGGGUUUUCCAUCGUAUCCUACAUUUCAAGUUUCUGUGUCGCCAAAGAUUAUGGAAGGACCACCCACAGAUUCUAGUACUAGCCAAGUGGAUGCUGCGAAGUUACACGGAAGUUCUCUUACUCCUCAGAAUCUUAGUUGUAUGACCCCUCAAAUAGGAGUCAAAUCUGAGCGUAAAACUAGGCGAAAAUCGGUUGGGAAGGAAAAUGCCAGGAAAGGUAACCACCUAAAGGAAACACCUCCUGCAAGAGAUUCAGUAAGAGUAGAAAAAUCAUCUGUGUCGUUAACGUCCCCUGCAACUGGUCAUGUUAUUCAAUUUGAAGAGGUUAAGUCCAAUGAUAUUGAACGGGGCGGUACAAAACCCGGUGGCAUCUUUCCUUUGCCAAAGCUUCCAGAUCUGAAUAAUUCAACAUCGAUAUUUCAGCAGCCUUUUACUGAUAAUCAACAAGUGCAAUUGCGUGCACAAAUAUUAGUGUAUGGCUCGUUAAUAUCAGGGACAACACCUGAAGAGUCUCAUAUGAUUGCUGCAUUUGGGCAAUCUGAUGGUGGAAGAACUUGGGAGGGUGUUUGGCGGGCUUGUGUAGAAAGGCUUCAUGUUCAGAAAGCCCAGGCCAACUCUGCUACCCCUAUGAAAUCACGAUCAGACUUGAGAGAUGCAGGUAACAGAGCUGAUCAAGGAGUUAAACAUGCUUCUAUUCAAAACAAAAUUAUUUCUUCACCAAGUGGAGGAGCAAGCAACAAGGGUACUCCACCAAUUGUUAGUCCUAUGAUUCCCCUUUCAUCGCCUCUUUGGAAUAUCGCUACCCCUUCUUGUGAUGCUUUGGAGUCUAGUUACGUGCCAAGAGCUGCUCGUCUUGAUUAUCACCAAGCAGUUUCUCCUCUACAUUCUUUUCAAACUCCAGCAGCACAAAAUUUUAGUGGGUAUAACCCUUCUUGGUUAUCUCAGGGACCCUUUGCUGGUCAGUGGGUUGCUGCUUCUCCAAUUCCUGCUUUUAACACAGGUCCUCGUUUUCCUGCAUUGCCUGUAACUGAGGCAGUGAAAUUAACCCCCAUCAAAGAACCAGGCAGUGUAGGUAUAAAGCAUACAUCCACUCCAGUGGUUCUCAAUUCUGCUCUUAGCAUUUCUCCUGAGGCGUCUUCUCUAUCAGCCAUGAAGAAGGCAACUGCAUCAUCCGACCAGCCAUGCAGCGAUUCAAAAAGCAGAAAGAGAAAAAAAGGUACUCCUAGUGCUAAUGUCAAACGGAUAUGUGAUCCUCAGGUAGCAUCUGUCUCUGCACCUGUAGUUAUGCAUUUGCCUCAGGCCCCUCGUACUGAGGAUCAGGGUAAGAUGUCAUUACUUGCUCAAAAUAAGACAGAUUCAGUGACUGCCCCUGUUGUUAGUAGUCCUUUUUCUACUUCUGUUGUGGUAUCAACACCUGCUUUCAUCACAUCUAAAAGCAGUCCUGCUAAGUUCCUUUCAGCUGUAUCACCUACUCAUCAUCAUCCUAGGAGUGGUGAUCAGAACAUGGAAAAAGUUGUAAUAUCAGAGGAGAUUUUGAGCAAAGUUGAGGAGUCUAAGCUACAAGCGGAGAACGCUGCUGAGCUUGCUGCUGCUGCAGUCAACCACUGCCACGGCGUAUGGAGCCAGCUGGAAAGACAAAGUAACUCCAGUUUGAAUUCCGAUGAUGAAGCAAAGCUGGUAUCCUCAGCUGUUUCAAUAGCAGCCGCUGCUUCUGUUGCUAAGGUGGCGGCAGCUGCUGCUAAAAUUGCAUCAAAUGUUGCGGAACAAGCAAGGUCAAUGGUCAACAUUUUUCUAUCAAAUAGAAGUGGAAAUUUUGAUCAAAGCGGCAUGAUUUCACUUGGCAACAAAUUUGAUAAAGCUAUCCCUGAUGCCAUAUUGAGAGGCAGGGACAGAAGUAGCCUUCCUAAUUCAAUUAUAUAUACUGCCAGAGAAGCUGCUUGGCAGAGGGUUGAAGCUGCAUCAGCUUCCUCAAAACAUGCUGAAAACCUAAAUGCGAUUGUAAAAGCUGCUGAACUUGCAGCUGAAGCAGUCUCUCAAGCUGGACAAAUUGUUGCAAUGAGUGAACCCUUGCCCUUACGAAAUUUGGUUGAAGCUGGUCCUGAGGGUUACUGGAAGACUCCCCAGUUAGCAUCCAAGCAGCAGGUCAUAACUGCAGGAAAUUUUAAUGGUACUGAUAAAGAGGAUGUCAAAGCUGCUCCUGAAGUAUCUAAUAAAGGAAAUAUGACUAUAAAAUGUAAUUUAUCAGGAAAAGAGAAUUCUGGGGAUUUGGCAGAUAAUCAUGUAAUGGAGAUUGAUGAAGUCACGGUUCCAAUUACAAGCCAUGAAAAAGACAAGAGAAAGCCAAGGGUUCGUAAAGGUCUGGACCUGUCCAAAACCUUUGGGGUUGCAACUGAGUCAGAGGUUGGAUCAAUUGAUACUACUGUUCUUGGUCCGACUAAGCCUCAAGUUAUUUCAGACACUUUGAAAGAGAAUAAUAUCAAGGAAGGUUGUCUUGUUGAGGUGUACAAGGACGAUGAUAAAGAUAAUGGUGCCUGGUUUGGAGCUAAUGUAUUGAGUUUGAAAGAUGGAAAAGCCCUUGUAUGUUAUACGGAAAUCCAAUCAGAUGAAGGUUCAGGGCAUUUAAAGGAAUGGGUGCCACUUGAAAUUAAAGGCACUGAAGUACCCAAGAUACGUGUCGCCCAUCCUGUGACUACCAUGCGUCUUGAAGGGACUAGGAAGAGAGGCAGGACAGCUGCAACAGAUUUUGUGUGGUCUAGUGGAGACCGAGUUGAUGUGUGGAUCCAAGAUCGCUGGCGUGAGGGAGUUGUCAUGGAGACAAACAAGUUUGAUCUUACUUCUCUAACUGUUCAAUUUCCAGCUCAAGGAGAGACAUCCAUUGUUCGAUCCUGGUUUGUCCGGCCAACUUUCAUGUGGAAAGAUGGCAAGUGGAUUGAGUGCCAUACAUCUGAAAGACUCCUUUCAUCCCAGGGUGAUACACGACAGGAAAAGCGAUUGAAACUGGGAAGUCCUGUUGUGGAGAGUAAAAGGAAUGAUGGGUCAUCAGAAAACAUUGACCUUGUUGACUCGAGGAAACAGGAAGAAACAAGAACACUGCCCUUAUCGGCUCAUGAAAGUUUAUUUAAUGUUGGUAGCAAUAGCACUAGAGAUGAUAAGAAGCUUGGUGCUCAUAGAACAAUGAAGAGCGGCUUACAAAAAGAAGGCCCGCGAGUAAUUUUUGGUGUUCCUAAACCUGGGAAGAAACAGAAAUUUAUGGAUGUGAGCAAACAUUAUGUUGCUGAUGGAAGCAAUAAGAACAAAGCCACACAUGAUUCCGUCAAGUUUACCAGAUAUUUGAUCCCUCAAGCACCAGGAUCCCGUGGGUGGAAAAACAAUUCUAGAAGUGACACCAAGGAAAGACAAGUUGCUGAAACCAAACCAAGAAUGCUCAAGCCUAGAAAACCACCAAUUCCUUCUGGCAGAACGUUGACCUCUUCUAAAUCCACUAUCCGUGAUACUAAUACAAUAAACAAAACCGGCCAGGAUUCUGGCAGUGAUAAUGAGAACCAAUCAGGUUAUCAAAACCAGAUUGAGUUUGGGUCUUCUUCCAAAAUUGAGGAUGCACCAGGGAAUGCUGACUUCGUUUCUUCAUUACCAAUUCCCUCAAAGCCUCCAAAGGGAGUUUCUACAAGCAAUAAAUCUGAGCGCUUGCAUAAACGUAAAUUUGCACCUGCUGGUGGAAAGCCAACGAAAGUCGAAAAAUCAUUUCCAGAACUUGUUGAGCCCCGCAGAUCAAAUCGUAAAAUUCAGCCUACGUCAAGGCUAUUGGAAGGGUUGCAAAGUUCUAUGACCAUCUCAAAGAUACCCGCUGCUUCACAUUCUACUCAAAGAAGCCACAGCAAGGUUACUCCAAAAGGAAACACCAACAAUGGCUGAAAGGAGGUUUGUUCAUGGUGUUUGAUGGAGGAAAGAGUAGUGUAUGUGUAUAAGUAGAGAAGAUAAAACUAGGAAAGGCUAAUCUCAUCCUUUCUGUAGAAGAAGAAUCUUUUAGCUUUUGUAGAUGUUCAUAUUUGGUCAGUGCAAUCUUUAAUCAGCUUGGUUCAUCCUGUUAAGCCUUUUGUAUAUGGAUGGAUAUUCUCUGGUUACUGGGAUAUGCAUGUUAAUUGUUAUACCAAAUUCUUCUCGAGGCUUUUGCUUGAUUUACCACCAUUUUCU